AUGAUUCGUGAGAUAGGGUAUUCGGCGGAUAACACAAUGUACUAUCAUUAUAGAACUCCUAAUCUAGACUUAGAUUUUGGAUUGAAGGCUCUAGGAAAUGAUCAAGACGUUAUAUCUAUGGCUCAAUAUGUUCUUCAAAACAUAGUGCUUAAUGUGUACAUUGAACAUGGUUUUACAAGACUUCACACUUACUUCAUGUUCCCAAGUAAAGUUGUUAUUGAGCAAUUGGAUGAUGAUCUUUCUCCUAAACUUAAUAGUAUUAGGCCUAAGAAGAAGGGAAUUGGUUCUUGUAGCAAGAAAUUAGACUUGAAUGUCCCACUUAAAGAAUCAGCUAAUCAAGCAUAG